GUAUGCCUAUACUGAUUGUGUAAGACGCCCUUCAAGGAGGCUCCUUGAAGCUGGUAAGGGGCUCCUAAUCUAAGGAAUUGGGCCCAUGUUUCAAUUCCUUGAAUGUAGCCUGAAUGCCUUCCAUUUCCCCAGGAGCAUUAUGACACCUUCGGGCUUAGCGCUCCCCCCAUGACGUAUCAAGUUGCACAGCUGUACAGUGUUGCUGAAGCCAGUAAAAAUGAAACAGGAGGUGGUGAAGGUAUUGAAGUUCUCAAAAAUGAACCCUUUGAUAAUUAUCCACUGCUUGGGGACAAGUACAGCAGUGGACAGUACACUUACAAAAUUUACCAUCUUAAGAGCAAAGUACCAUCCUUUAUCCGUCUCCUAGCACCAGAGGGAUCAUUAGAGAUUCAUGAAGAAGCAUGGAAUGCCUAUCCUUACUGUAGAACAAUCAUCUCGAAUCCAGGCUACAUGAAGGACAGUUUUUAUAUUACCAUAGAGACACUUCAUUCAGCUGAUGAUGGAGAGUCUGAGAAUGCUCACAGACUAACAGGAGAAAAGCUGAAAAUCCGAGAAGUAGUGACAGUUGAUGUUGCCAAUGAUCCAGUUAAACCUUCAGAUUAUAAACCUAACGAAGACCCAACAAGGUUUAAAUCUGAGAAAACUGGUCGUGGUCCUCUGCAAGGGCCACGCUGGUGGAAAAAGUGUGAUCCAGUGAUGACUUGCUACAAGUUAGUGACAUGCGAGUUCAAAUGGUUUGGGUUACAGUCACGCAUAGAGAAGUUCAUCCAGGAUGUUGAGCGCAGACUGUUCACUAACUUCCAUAGGCAAGUGUUCUGCUGGAUGGAUGAGUGGUAUGGAAUGACUAUGGAUGACAUUCGGCAGUUGGAAGAUGCAACAAAAGAGGAACUUGACCAGCAACGACAGAGAGGAGAAGUCCGAGGCAUAAAGGAUGAGUAGGGUUCAAAUAAUUUUAUUUGUAUUUUUAUGCUGGAAUUGCUAAACUCGAGUCAUUUAUUGUUGCUCUGUAUCAGGUGGCAGAAAAUCCCUGGUAGGUGGUACAGACAACUGUUAGGUUUUGACUUUUGUUGGGUACUUCAGUAUAAGAUUAAUAUUUCAGAAUGUGAGCUUUGCAUUAAGUUAAUAAAAAGAAUAUGUAUUUACUGUAUUUUAUGUCCUGUUGCACAUUAUUUACAAGCUGUGUUUGUAGAUCCUUGACUGGCAUAUAAUAUUAGUGUGCUAUCUGCAAGCUCGGAACCCAUAAUUGUAACUUGCCUGUGGUAAUAUAGCACUAUCCAUGAGCUAAAUUCAUAAAACAUCAUUAUACAUAUUACAGUACAGUAUAUAUCUGUUAAAUGACUUGCGUAUUUGUAUAGCAUUACAACUGAUCCAGAAUAGUGUAAAAAAAAAAAUUAUAUUUGAGUACAGAGGCUGCACUGUACUGUAAUAAUCAAGAACACUUUAUGAUGGCAAGCUGCCCAUAAUAGUGAAAAGACAAGUUAAUAGGGAAGCUUUUAAUUAAUGGUGUGUUCUGCAUUCUUUUUUUUUCUCCCCCAUGCAGCUUACUAUAGUCUAAAAUAUAUUUUUUGUUACUUGUGUACAGGGGUAGUGCCAGAAUUUUUAUACCAGGGGGGGGGGGUUAGGAGUGGCAUGGUUAUGCGAUUAGAAGGGAGAGGGGGACAUAGACUUGUUUUGAAGCAGCAUUUUUAUUAUAAUUUUUAUUGGGGGCUGAAAUUUCCAAAGCCUUUCCUUGGCACUCUUGCUGCUUGUUAACCUAAGGUGUGUGCACUUUAAAUAUAGAAAACUAUUAACAAAAUUGAGUGGCAUUUCUUGAUAUGUCGUUGCACAUUAAUGGUGCUUAAAAUAUAGAAAUAUAUUAUCAAAACUGGUAUUUCUUGAUGUGUUGUUGCAGAUUAGUUUGUUACUGUUGAAGUACUGUUCUGUAUUUGUAAGAGGCUAGUGAAAUGCUGAGUAGCUCUAUUAACUAUGUUGUAUUUUCCCUUCAAGGGAGGUGCCUUGAUGCUGGUGAAGGGCUUUCAAUCUAAGGAAUUAGAGCCUCUCCCCUUUACAACAUUUGUACUUGCUUCUCCGUCCCCAGGUGCUACACAAUCGCUUUGGGUAAAUUAAGCGCCUCCCCAUGAAUAAAGUAAUAAUAAUAUGCUGUCAUGUAUUGUGAUACAGUACAACUGUCAGUGUUAAUGUAUGUUAAAUUCAUGAUUGUACAGGUUUCACUGUAAUUAUAGGAAUGGUGUUGAUAGUUUGUUAAUCAUUAGAAUGUGUACUGACUUACAUUAAGAGAACUGAAUUCUAUUAUUGCUUAUUCGUAUUGUACACUAGUCUACUGUACUUUGAAAUAGAUAGCUCAUUUUAUUAAUAAAUGGUUGUACAAUU